AUGGUAGUUCCUGCAGCAAAACCAACUAAAAAGGGUACUACAGCUACCACUGAAAAACAAACUAAAGUAACAACUACUACAAGUAAAAAAGUAACACCAUCAACCACAGCCACAACCACAAAAUCAUCUGCAACUAAAGAAAUUAAAUCAUCAUCAUCAACUAAAAAAGUUGUUGAAUCAAAAAAAGCAGUUGUCGAAGAAGAAUAUAUUCGUCCAACAUCAGGUGAUAAAUCUUUAGAAAAGAUAAAUGAAAAUGAAUGGUUUGAUAUGAACUUAAAAUCAGGUGGUUCAUUCAUCAAUAUUCCACCAAUUUUAAUUGACCAAAACAAUUUAUUAUUAUCAAAUAAUAAUACAAUUAAAAUUUAUAACCCAAAUUCAGGUCAAUUAAAAUCUCAAGCUUCAUUAGAAACAAACAAUGAAAUGAUUACAUAUAUAACAUCAACAGGUGGAUUAUCAAAUAGUAUGACCAUUUAUUUAUCAAGUUCAUUGGGUAAAUUUUAUCAAUACGAUAUUAAUAAAAAAUCAAUCAUCCCAUUCGAAGAGAAUAACAAUAAAGUCGUUUCAGUUGGUAAAAGCAAGAUUAAUAAAUUUUUAAUUUGCCCAGUAAAUCAAAAUAUUAUUUACUUUAUUACCGAAGAUGGGGAACUUUUCAAAUAUAAUAGAUCAACUAGUGAACCAGCCAAAUCAUUAGCCAAUAAUACAAUUAAACAAAUUCAAUUCAUUUCAAUUUCCAGAGACGGUAACUUUUUAGUUGUUGCCAAUAAAUCAUUUAUCCAAGUAUUAAACUUAGAACAAUCAUCUAUUGUUGUUAGCAAAUUUUAUAAAUCAGAAUAUCACAUUACCUCACUCUCAGUAGUUCCAGUAUUCAGCGCCUCAUCAUCAAAUAAUAAUAUGUCAAUUUCUUUCGGUACAACUUUAGGUAGAUUAAACUUUGUCAGCUAUAGCAAAGAACAAAAUCAAAUUUCUUUUUCAUCAUAUAAUCAUUGGCAUUCAACUCCAUUAAUUUCAAGUUAUUUCAAUUAUGAUGGUACUCUUUUAUUUACAGGUGCAUAUGAAAAUACUCUUGCAAUUUGGACAGUUUCAACUAUGAGAAGAAAGGUAUUACCACGUUUAGGUGGUGCUAUAGUUCACAUCAAUUGUGAUCCAUUAUCACAACUUUUAGUAGUCACUCUUUCAAAUAAUAAAGUUCAAGUUUUAAAUGUUUCAGAUUACAAGUCAUGCUCAAUCAUCACUGGUUUACAAGGUCAAUCAAAUAAUAAGCAACAACAAAGCUCUGAAAAUAAAGUAACAAGUUUCAUCGAACCAAUUACAAACAAUUUAAUCUUUAGCGGUCAAAAGAAUGGUGUUAUUCAAUUUUAUAAUAUUAAAAAAGACAGAGUCGAAAAAGAAGUUAUCGUUUCACCACCAAGAAAUACUGAUAUCUCUACUAAAAAAUCAAAAGGUAAUAAUUUAAACCCAACUUUUAAUCCAACUAAAUUGGCAUUAGAACAAUCCAACGUUGGACCAUUAGCAUUCCACAAGGGUAAACCUUUAUUUGUCUCAUUCGAAUCAUUCAGUCAACAAUCACCAGAUAAAUUAGAAUCUAAAGUAGUACUCAAAGAUCAAAUAUUAAAAUUCUGGGAAACCUUUGAUAAUGUUGGCUGUAAAAAUACUUUUUCAAUUAUGUCACCACACCAAACCAAUAUUUUAUCAAUGUCUUUCCAUCCAACUGACAACAUUUUAUUAACUACCUCUGAAAAAGAUUUCAAGCUUUGGAAGAAACAAUCAAUGGAGGCUUUAGAUGGUGAAACCAAAGUUGAAAAAUCUUACUGGACCUGUUACUAUGAAUCAUCCUAUAGAAAUUUAGCUUGCAAAGCCUCUGCUUUCUCCCAAGAUGGUUCCAUUUAUGCCGUUGCUUGUGAUCAUCUCGUCACACUUUGGGCAACUAAAACAAAUGCACCAAUUGAUGUAUUAUCUUUUUCCUCACGUCACAUUGUUUCCGAAUUAACUUUUAUAGAUAAUAACCAAAUUUUGGUUAGUUAUAAAGAAAAUGGUGCUAUUGUUUGGGAUCUUUCAACCAAAAAACCAACAAGAGUCUAUAAUUUCGCUAUUAAACCUUUCACAGUUUGCCAAGACUAUUAUGCUUUAUCACCAGAGUCAUCAAGAAAUCGUAUUAUGAUUUUUUCAAAUAAAAAUCAUCAAUUAUUAUUUAAUACAUUAGUACCAGUACCAAAGAGUCAAGUAGUCGAUCAAAUUUUAUUCUCUAAAGAUGAUCAAUAUGAUUGUAUACUUUGUAUCACAAGCGAUAAUUUAAUUUAUGGUUUCACAACUUACAAAGAUCCAAAUACUACUCAAUCUGGUUUCUCAGAUAUUGGUUUAAUUCCAUCAGGUUCAGGUGUUAUUAACCAAUAUGUCCAAACUCAAAACUAUAUUAAAAAUAAAGAUAGUAAGAGACAAAAAGUUACCUCUACUACUGCUAUUACAAAAGAAGAACAAGAAGAAAAAGAAAAAGAAGAAUCAAUGUUUAUUGGUAAAGAAAUUUUCACCAAACUUCCAUCAACUCAAGAUAUUUUUGGUGCUGCUUCACAUAUUAUGCCAGGUGUUCAAAAUAUUUAUCAAAAAUAUAUGGAUUCUAUUUUAGUUAAUAAUAAUAAUUUAGUUAAAAAAGAACAACAACCACAACAACAACAAUCAGUUAAUAAAGACGAAAAUAUAAAUAAUGUAGAUGAAAAUAUAAAUAGUAGUAAUAAUAUAGAUGAAACCCAAGAUAAUACAAAUAACAAUAAUGUAAAGAAUACAAGUUUAAAUAAUAAUAAAUUCUCUUCAAUGAAAAACUUUUUUGAUAAUUUAGAUGAAGAGCAACAACCAUCAGCUGCUCCAAUGGAGACUGCUUCAAAUGAUAGUGCCUCAGCAUCAACUACAAUUAAAAAUAGUAAAUCAAAAUCUUCAUCUGCUUCAUCAAAGAAAAGAAAAGAUAUAAAUUAA